UGAUAAAAAACGGCCGAGACUGCAGACAGGAAGCCAUACAGGAUUCUUUUGGACUUAAAAUGAAGUCAUUUGUCAAUCUAAGAACAUCAAGACUUCCUUAUAUCAGUGUACGCCAUGCGGUCAGCUCUACACAACCUACAAGAAAUGCGGACUUCUACAGACAGCGCACAAUUUACUCCUACUUCCUCCCAAUCCAGAGUCGCUGGCAGGACAAUGAUCAGUAUGGACAUGUAAACAAUGCAGUGUAUCAUGGAUACUUUGACACCUUAAUCAACCAUUAUCUGAUCAGGUACUGUGGACUGAAUACAAACAGAGGGUCUUCCUCAAUGGUUGGGUUUAUUGUGACCAAUCAGUGUUCUUUCCACAAACCUGUGAAGUUUCCUGAAAACCCACUGGCAUCCUUAGCAGUGGAGAAAAUUGGACGCUCAAGUGUCCUCUACAGAAUGGCUUUAUUUAAUCCAUUUCCAACCAAGAAAUCCAUCUCCAUUCAUUUCAACAUCCUGAACGAUGGUUGUUUCUCUGACUGCUCUGCGCUGGAAGGAUUCGAGAGCCUGGCCUGCGCUACUGCCAUGUCAACACACGUGUUUGUGGAUCCCACUUCAGAGAAACCAAAGGAACUGCCUGAAGGGUUUAAGAAAGGUCUCCAGAAAAUAAUGAUAUCCCCCUAAUCAGAAAAGUUUGUAAUCUUAGGGAUGUUAGAUCAUUUACCUGCUUAGAGAACAUAAAGUCAACAUCUGCUUUUUGUUUUUAGUUGAGGGGUUCUGAAAAAUGUAAUUUCAGGGUUUGGGGGAAUAAAUUGUAUGCUACACAUAUCCUUAUCUUGCAAUUGCUGAUUUCUAAAGUCACCUAUCACAAUAGGAAGUUUGGUGUUAAUCUGGACACUUAUCAGCCUUGUGGCACUAGAAGUAGUAAUUAACUACACUCCAAACUUGCAAUUAACUCAAAAUUAUUAAUAACCGUGAUGUUUCACCUUAUGAUCACAUUUAGAACAACUACUGCAGUUAUCAAACAUACAAAUGAAACAGUUUAGGUCCAGUCUCCUAUUUUUCUUUGCAAACUUCGAAUACUUAUUCCCAGAGUACUAAAAAAAAAAUUGCCCACCCCCAAUUUGCUUAUGCCCAAUCACUGUGUUUUACUGAACUGUAGAAUCUCAGUACAGAUCGUACCAACUGUAAUACUGUAUUAUGGUUUAUUGCAAAGGAUGGUAUUGCUUUGAGACAAAUACCCUGGAAAUGUCGUAU